AUGCUCAAAUCGGAAACUCUGGUCGUACUGACCCUACUAGUCGUUCAGUGCGGCAGUCAAAUCCCUCUGGUUCCCCAAUCUCGGAUGCGGCGUGGUGUGGCCGCUAAUGUCGCUGCAUCUGCGUCGGCUAAGUCCUCGCAUCGUUCAUCCAUGCAGUUCUCUUCGGGUCCGACCAAAUCCUACAUAGAUUCGUUCGAGGACCCACAGAGCGCAUUUGAUGAUCCACAAUCGUGGUCCGAGAUGUUCAUGCCGGAGGAGAAGCUGGUAGCCCAAUUGCUCCAUCGACGCAGUCUUGUUGUUCGACCAAACGGGCAUAACAAUCAAUCCAACAACCCUGUGCAUGUGAAUAUAACGUACAAUGUGGUACAAAUUCUCGCAUUUUCACAAGCCGAGGAGACUCUCAGCAUUUCUGGAUGGUUCACUAUCGUAAGUAUUUAUCUUACCUGUUUCUGUCUCGGUCGCACGUAA